CAGUUUGCAGGAUGAUGGAUCCGGUACAAGAGCCGGGAAUAUUAUGUACAACGUAAUCCGCAAGGCGCUAAGAGCAAAUACAAGAAGCCAUUUAAAUGGCCCUCAGGCUAUUGCACAUGCGCCGAAUUUACUCUCCGCGGACCGAGAUAACUACUGCCAGUCCUUCCAUUUGGCUUCAGUCUUCUCCCGUAAACCCGUAAACCACGAAAGGCCUCUUGGGAUUGGCUGGAUUUACCCAAGAAUUCGGGAGAGCCCGCUUCCGGACCGAGAAAGGACGACGGCGAUUGGCAGUGUAAACUGGAGUUGGUGGUGGGCAGCCCUGCUUCCUGCAUGGAACUGGAACUGUAUGGUGCUGACGACAAGUUCUACGGUCAUUGACCACAGCGGCGCCCGCCUCGGGGAGUAUGAGGAUGUGUCCAAGGUGGAAAGAUACCAGAUAUCACAAGAAGCCUAUGACCAGAGGCAAGACACAGUUCGCUCCUUCAUGAAGCGCAGCAAACUUGGCCGAUACAAUGAAGAGGAGCGGGCACAGCAAGAGGCUGAGGCCGCCCAGCGCCUCAUGGAAGAGAAAGCCCUAGCCAGUUCCAUCUCUGUGGGCAGCCGCUGCGAGGUGCGGGCGCCUGGGCAGUCCCCUCGCCGGGGCACCGUCAUGUAUGUAGGACUCACAGAUUUCAAGCCUGGCUAUUGGAUUGGUGUCCGCUAUGAUGAACCAUUAGGGAAAAAUGAUGGCAGUGUGAAUGGGAAACGCUACUUCGAAUGCCAGGCCAAGUACGGCGCCUUCGUCAAGCCAUCACUUGUGACAGUGGGAGAUUUCCCAGAGGAAGACUACGGCUUGGAUGAGAUGUGACACCCAAGAAAGGCCUCUCUGUUCCAGCUCCUAACUCAGCCGCUCAUUGCCCCUGCCUCUGUGUGCCCGUGGCCAUCUCCUCCUGACCCCUUUUUAAUUUUAUUCAUCUUUCCCUUGCCAUUGAUUUUUUGAGACUCCAACAUUAAAUUCUUCAAAAACCUGGGAA